AUGAGUAAAACAUUCUGCUUGCUUGCUUUGUUACUCCUUGGAGUGGUGCUUUACACCACUCCCACUUCCGCCGAUCACCACAAACCUCCAUACGGUAAACCACCCGGUCACAAACCACCUUCCACGGAGGAGGAAUCUCUAGAAACCGUGGAUGGUAAGCCACCCAAACACAAGCCACCUCCAAAGCACAAGCCCCCAACCACCUUCGAUGAACCAUCUAAAGAAGAGGAGUCAUUCCAUGACAAGCCAACUUACAAGCCUCCUAAGGGUGGGAAACCACCAUAUGGCCACCACCCCGGACAUCCUCCUGUCGAGAAUAUUGAGGACUCACACAAGCCACCUGUGCAUAAAUAUCCUCCGAAGAAGCCACCACACAAGCCUCCAACUUCCAACUGA